AUGACUGAGCACUUUGAGCAUGUCAAGAGCCGCCAGCUUCGACUCUACAAUGUUGGCGUCACCGUGCUCAUGGCUGCAGGCUCCCUCGGUGCAGGCUAUGCUGCAGCAAUCAUAGGCACGACUCUAGCUCAACCAUCUUUCCUGGAUUACUUCGCUUUGCUCUCCCGUUCUGAUGGCACUGACCUCAUCGCCACAACGAACGGACUCUUCUUCACUGGCGGUGUUCUUGGUGUGAUCACCAUUUCGUGGCUAGCAGACACCUGGGGAAGACUCUGGGCCCUUCGCGUGUCUACAGCCGUCAGCAUUAUUGCCGGUGCCUUGCUCGCCGGCAGCGUCCACAUCGCUAUGUUCAUCUUCGCCCGGACGGUGGCUGGUGCGGGUGUUUUCAUGCUGGUCGCGUCCAUUCCAAUGUGGAUCAGCGAGACCGCGCCGCCGGCGACACGUGGCGUUCUCGCCGAUUUCCACAGCUGCGGCAUCCUUCUCGGUUACGCAAUGGCCUCGUACAUGGGCUACGCCUUCUUCCACUUGCCAGCAAACGAAAACAUGGCCUGGAGAGGGCCUUUCAUUGUAGGCUUGGUGCCGCUAGUAUGCCACUUCAUUGCGUUGUGGUAUGUGCCAGAGUCUCCACGGUGGCUGCUGAUGAAUGGACACCCAGAACGAGCUGAGUCGACUCUCCGUCGCCUUCAUACGGCUGAGGAAGCAUGA